GGACGGUUACUGACUUUUCGUGAGAAAAUUUGCCUCAGAGUUUGUUCAGUCGACGAUUCAGUUAUGCUAAACAGGUUAGCCGCCAGUCCUACUUAUAACUGUUUUUCCCAACGUUUAGACGCCACAGAAAAACUGUUGCAGAAACAAAAUGAUAGAAAUGUGGAUGAAAUAAUUGAAAAUCUCUUCAGUGACGCUUCAAGCUUGGAUGCUUCCUCCCUGACUGAGGCUGCAGCCCCACAGGUGGAAGAAAAUGCCAUCCAGCUGUGGAACUGGGCCGUGACAAAACACGUGGGUUCGGCAAUAAAUGAGCAACAAAAAGCAAAAGUUCGUCAUGUGGCAUGCAGAUUGCUGUAUGCCUGCGAGCCUCAAGAGCCCUCAGAAAGCACACUUCGGAAACAGGUCUUGAUGGCCACCAAGGCUGGUAGAACAUGGCUGGACUGCAAAAAUCCUGUGCUGGCUAAUGAUUUUCUCAACCUUGCUGCAAAGAGCAUGGAGACCUUGUACAAUAGACUCACAAAUCGUGGCAAUGGAAAGAUGGACAUCAACAUCCCAAAAGGAGAAGUGGAAAAGGAUCUUUUUCGAGUACUGACAUACCAGGCUGAAUCAGCUGUGGUCCAGGGUUGUCACCACGAGGCAGUCUUGAAGGUUCAGCGCUGCAAAGACAUGCUGAUGCGUCUCCCAAAGGAGACUGGUUACCUUUGUCUUCUGUGUUACAACUUUGGAGUGGACACCUACAACCUGAAAAAAUAUGAAGAAAGCUCAUUUUGGCUGAGCCAGAGUUAUGACAUUGGGAAGAUGAAUGAGAAAUACUCCCCUGGUGCUUCAGUAUUAGCCAAAGUUUUGAGGCUUCUUGCAACUGUCUAUAUGGAGUGGGAUUGUCAGCAGUACCAAGACAAGGCAUUACAUGCUGUGACCUUAGCUAACAAGGAAAGUCUGCAGCCAUCUGGACUGUACCUAAAAACUCGUAUCUUAUUGAACUCCAGGGCCCUGGAUGAACAUAUCAAAGCUGUGCUAUCGGAGAUAUUUGAUGCCAAGAUUCCUCUUGAAGUCUGUCUGUGCAUGGUGAAGUUGCUGAUGAGUGAGAACAGAGAAGCCCUGGCCUUUGAGUUCCUGAAAAAGGCAUGCCAGCACUUUGAGUCUAGCCCUGAGGUGGGCUCUGCCCUAGUACUGCACAUUGAGUUGCUGCUGCAGAAAGGCAAGGAGCUGCUGGGGAAGCAGAAGAUUGAGGAUGCCAUAGCAGGACACUACACAGGUAAACCACUGUCCUCUCAGACCCUUUGUCAUCUGCAUCUUCUGCUGUGGGACAGAGCUUCCAAACAUUUUGAGGCCAAGAAUUAUACAGAGGCCCUGCAAUGGUACAACUACUCUUUGAGUUUCUUCCCAGCGGGCCAGAUGGAUCAGAACCUAGCCAAGCUACAGCGGAACCGGGCUUUGUGCUUUCUGCAGCUUCAACAGUUGGAGAAGGCCAAGGAAGCCAUAAAGGAUGCUGAGAGAUGUGAUCCUGACAGCAUCUUUACACAGUUCAGUAUUUACAAAAUUUCAGUUCGGGAAAAAGAUGUGGAGAGAGCAAUGGAGGCUGUGAAGAAGAUGGGGAAGUUAGCAGCUAGCCCCCUGGGGAGUGAAGACAAGAUCAUGGCAGGCCCAAACGCUGCCUCCAGUGUUCUCAGUCUAGCUGCGCAGAUGGCUUUGGAGCACGAGCAGCAAGAUGUGGCUGUGAAGGCACUGGAGAGCCUCUGUGAACACUCACAGGAUGCAGCGCAGGUCCUCACUGCACUGCGGUGUUUAGUUCGAAUUGUGCUUUCUGCAACUGAAACAGCGGCAGAAGAAAAGAGAAAUGAAAAUUUUGAUGUUCUUUUAUCAUAUCUGAAGAUGGCUCUGCACAGGUUGACAAUGGUCAUCACAGAGCCUGGCAUGGAACAGGGGAAGCGUUCAGAAGAGGCUGGCUGGUUCAGGAAAAUAGCAUGGAACUUGGCUCUGCAGUCUGAGAGCAGUCCUGUCAGGAUGAGGGAUUUCUUUCUGCUCUCCUACCAGCUGUCACAGUUCUGCCCGCCUGAUCAAGCUGUACUCAUGGGGCAGAAGACCUGCCUGCUCAUGGCUGCUGCUGUCUGCCUAGAGCUUCACAGGAAGUCUGUGCAAUCAGCACCACAGGCAGAGCAUCUGACCCAGGCCUUGGAGUACAUUCAAAUGUGUAGAGAAGUUUGGAAAGCACUCAGAGCUACAGGUGACUUCUCUAGAGACCCCACAGAAACCUUGCUGUUCCUGUAUGAGUUUGAGGCUCGUGCAAAGCUUAAUGAUCCUGACCUGGAGGAUUUGCUGGAGACUGUACUAGGAAUGGAGGAUGUUGAAACAAAGACUCUGGAAACGAUUGCAGCCCUAGCCAUGGAGCCUCCAGCCCACUAUCCACUGCUGUGUAAAAAAGUCUUGAGGAUUGCCUUGUUUCUGCACAAGAAGAAGCCACAGCCUGACCUGACCCAGUGUAGACAGUGCAUACACAGCCUGAUCGAGCUGUCUCUACCCAGUGGUGUGUCAGAGGUAGAGCCACACGUGCUGGAGGAAGUGUGGGGCUACUACGAGGAGGCUUUCUCUCUCAUUGAGGCACAGCCCAGCCAGGGGAACUUUCCAGAGAUAGAGACAGUGUGGUUGCUGACCCGGGCCUGGAACACAGGGAUCCUGCUGUACAGCCUGGCCCAAUACCCUGAGGCUGAAAGGUGGUGUGGCUUGAGCAUGAGCUUCCUCCGCCACCUCCACUCCCUGAGGGAGAGCUACCAGACAAAGAUGUCAGGUCUCUACGGGGAGGUUCUGGACAAGCUGGACAAAGCAAAGAAGAACCUGUUCAUAGAGGAGUGACUUCUGGCCAGUCUCACUAUCUGUAUGUGGAAGUCCCUAGAGUUUCAAAAAGUUGAAAGUUCAUAUUAUGUUUCUAUGUUCUUGUGAUAAAACUGUACCAUGAAAUCUUUCAAUUUAAUGUAUUCUGAAGCAGUAGCUUUAAUUUGGAUGCACGCUAGGUUUAAAAGUACUUAUUAGUUUUGGAAGAAAGCCAUUUUCCACCAAUACAUCUUUGAGGCAUUUAUCUUAGACAACAAUGGCUGCAUGUGUUUAACUUGGUCUGAGCAGUUCUUUACCCAGUAUUCAAUUCAGAUUUUUUUUUUUUUUUUUUUUUUAAAGAGAAAAACAUAAAACUAAUUUUCCUAGCAAUAAUUAAACACAUUAGGGUAGUAGGGUAACUAGCUGUUAUAGUAGUGGAAGUUGGGGCCAUCCUGUCUGCUAUAAAACUCUUAUUAGGGUUUAAAUAACAGCAUCACAACUUUAUCAAAAAAAAUGAAUAAAAA